AUGUAUAAUCUGUGCUACCUCACACUGCCCACCUCCCUGACCCUGUCUUACUUUGAAUGUCCUUUUUCUUUGGCUAAUUUCAUGUUUUCUUUCUCUUUCCCUCUCCAGCUUUUUUUAAUCUUGUCUUCAGCAGCUGCACUAAGUCUAAAGGAGAAGACUACCAUUAUAGAAGAGUUAGGGUUUCCAUAUUGUCUCAAAUCAGAAACCAACCAAUUCCCUCUCCUUCCAAAUUGUGUGCGUACACACGUGUGUGCAUGCGUGCAUACACACACACACAUACACACACACUCUCUCUCUCAACAAGUGUUCAUGUGUCCAGGCAAGAAGCUCUCUCCCAACUUACAUGGUAUUUUAAGUGGAAGUGUCUUAUCUUAA